UAGUUUGUACAAAUAAUUUGUAUUUAGGAGGAUCGAGGAGAGAAGGUAGCAGCAACAGCAGCUAUCUAGCCAUGGCGGGCGUGGAUGAGUUUAACCACUACACGUACCCUCGCGUGCGCAACCUGUGGGAAUGCGACCCUAACGACGAGGCGUGCAAACAAAUGGCCCUGCACCAGGCUUCGCGCGACUCAGCAGUUGCUUAUCAGAAGUACUUGAUUCUGGAGAAGCGUUGGUGGGCAUGUCGCAUGAUCCACAAGGAGAACGUCAACAUGUACUGCCAGGAAGAGCGGAUGAGAUUCGACGACGCCUUCCGACGCUAUAGAGGACUGGGCAAGGAGUCUCUGAUCACGAACGCGGAGGGCUUGCAGCACUUGGACAGGCGGCCAUACGAGCCCAUCCGCCCUGACGACUAUCAGCGUAGUAUUGGCAACCAAGGAGGCUUCACCAAGCAGCCAUACCCGAACACGCACAAGGAGCCGCUGGAGGUGGUGCAGAUGGAUGCAACCAAGCGGAAGCCCAUCACCGACCCGGAUCGUCCCACCGUCUCCGUGCGGCUCUUCGACAACACGAGACGCGAGGUCGUCCUCGACCUGCCGCCCAAGAAGCUCGAAGUGCCCAAGCAGGUUACGUCGUACGACCCGGAGAAGUUCAAGACCGGCACGGAAUAGCUUAGUAUGUUGUAGCGAUUUUUAUUAAAGUGUGUGUGCAUGUGUGUGUGUGUGUGUGCAUGUGUGUGUGUGUGUGUGUGUGUGUGUGUGUGUGUGUGUGUGUGUGUGUGUGUGUGCGUGCGUGUUUGUUGCAGAUGUCUGGCUGCCCCGUGUUGCACAUGUGUGACUGUGCUGGCAAUGCUCUCACUGUUCAUGCUGGGUGCUAGUAGCAUGCGAGUCCGUGUGCUAGGCAUUCUCUUUCACUGAUUGUCAUCGUGCGUUGGGGCAUUGGCCAGAUGAUGUUUUGCUUUGCACCUUUGUGGGUGCUUUCCCGCGUUUUCUGCGCCUUCGUUUCUUUAACGCGUACUGUUGUUGCAAAGUGUAGCAACCGACAUGUAUAUAGUUUGCAUUACACACACACAACUGCUAUCUGCUGCAGAACACGCAUCACCAUGGCUUGGUCCUGAAAAGGCCAAUUUAGUUUUACACUUCUGCACAACCGAUGUCUUAUUAUUCCUGGCUGCCAAGCACUCAUCGGUUUGCAUUGCUGGUUUCGGCAGGAACACGAAAAUUAAUGAUGUUUCUCCUCCAUUGCUUGUGUGAUAAGCUUGUGCGGUUAUUCCUAGGCUAGUUUGCAGUUUGCUGCUUUCCCAUUAUAUUUAUCAGUGAGUGCUUCACCAUGGCAUGCACCACUGCAUUGAUGAAGUAAUAAUUAUAGCUAGCAAUUCAA